AGCUGGAUCGAUCUCGAGCCGGAGUUUUUUUCUUGUGCAAAGUCGACUAGCUGUCACGAGGAAACAAACGUUAGAUUUCUGAAUUUGACUGCCGCUAUUAUUUAUCGAUCAUCUUGUGCUAUUUUAUGUGAGUAAGAAUGAGAUAGUUUGAGGAUGAGUUAGCGGCAGUGCACACGAGGCAAAAGAGCAUCGGAGCUGCUUGGAUGUGCUCUAAAGCUUUUCUUUCUGCCAUGCCGAGACGAUGAUGAUAGCCAUCACAUGUAAACAUUGGAUGAUACUGAGUCAUCAGAGCUCUUGAGAGGGGACGGGCGGGCGCGACGGUUCUCUAAUUGCCAGGAAAAGAUUACACAUUGUCCUUGGAUGGUCAGAUCCAGACUUGCCAGACAGCAGGAUGGACUGUUCUCGCUGACCGCUGGAGCGGAGAUGAGAAGUAGCACCUUCAAGAAAUGCUCGUGGAGUGACCAAGAAUUUUUGCCUGGAAAUAUGUAAAUUGGAUAUCAGCAAACUGACGAAUUUCAGGAAGAGUGGAAACACUGGUCUGACCUUCCUGGAAAAAAAAACCUUUUGCCCAUGAUUGUCUUAGAUGUACAGGAUAAAGCAAGGACCAGUUGUCAGAGGCUUUAGAGGACACCAUGCCUAUUGCAGAUAUGAAGCAAGCCCAUAACGGCAAGAGCACCCCUCUUGGGAUUUUGAACAAAGGCCCAGAGUUCUUUAGGCAGCAGGCCCUAUGGAAUCAGAGACGCCGUGGGAAGUCUGCGGCUGAGCAACUGGCAGAGUCACGCUCUCAGUUCUUGAAAUGGGACCCAGAUGCACCUCGCAAGCAGUUGAACGACAACAGUAACAAUCACAGUACAGACCGUCGACUUGAUAGCAAUAGGACUAAUUCAAAACAGUCGAGAGGCAGGACAGUGUCACCUUUGGCUCGUAAUGAACAAAUCAUCAAGCAGGAGAGGAUUGAUGAGAUUGAGAAGAGAGAAAGCCGCAGAGGGCGUGACAAGAACCGGGAAAACCGGAGAUCAAGAAAGCGCAUGAAGGACCAUGCUAAAGAUGUAAAUGGUAACAAAACAGUCGCUUUAGAGAAGGCUUCACUAGAUUCACCUGAGCGUGAUAAAAAUUUGAAAGAAACUGAAUCUCAUAAGGUGAGUGAAAGUGGAGGGGAAACUGGUGGAACCACGGACGAUGCAGAAUUUUAUGCUCAUCAUAGAAAGUUGAUGGAAGGAAGAUCCAAGGUUUCUCCUCGGCCUUCUGUCAAAGAAAUGGUCUCUAAGAUUGGAGGUGAGACAUCAAGUGAAAGAUCAGCUAAUGAAACUCCAACCAGAUUGUUGGAUCACACAGGGAGAGACAGACCAAAGAGAAAUUUAACAUUUAUGUCUAGCGAAUCUAGUGAAACCAGCCCAGUCUUACCACGCAAGGGGGAUUACUUCUCCCGCAACACAAGACCUCCUGCAGUUAGGGGUAGGGAGCGUGUGAGACCUCCCAAUGUCUCAAAGCAAAGAAGCAACAUUGCUGAUCCAAAGUCUCCAACGGGAUCCCACAUUCAAAAUGUCCUCAAUGUUUUGCAUCAGCAAGCAAGUACAUCAUCUUCAUCCCAUGAUGAAAUGCCUAGAAGAAGUAUCAGGAAAUCUGGUGCAAAAGUCAGGGGAAGGUCCUGCCCACCAACGAGCCGAUCAAAACCCUCCCUUGCUGAUUUGCUGGCCAAAGAUGCAAAUGCCGACAGACCAAGAAGUAAGGACUUGAAUGACCUAGAGAAUUUAACCAGCACAGAGAGUGAUGAUUCACACAUAGUCCAAUCAAUGAUUCGGUCUUUCCAAUCGCCGGCAUCUCAGGAAAAGCAAACUGUUGCAAAGACUCUAUCAAAGAAACCAUCUAAUACAUUGUGUGAUGAUACCAGCAAUCAUUCAUUAUCUAUAAAGAAAUAUUCGACUGAAUGCCAAAGUAGUCCAACAACUCUAUCAAAACAAUUUUCGGAUAAAAAUUCUGUCAACUCAGCCUCUCCGAGGGGUAAUGAAAGAAAGGCAGCACCAAAGGGAAAGUCUGCAAUACUACCCAGUCCCUCAGAUAUUUAUUCGCUUCCUCAUAAACCAAAGAAAAAUCACAAGAGACAGCCAUCAACAUCGGAUGCCAGCCAUUGCUCUUCAUCAAGCGACAGAGGUGGUGAAAAACCAGUUUUACAUCCUAAACUGGUUUCUAACCUAAACACAAUAGCAUUGACAAAAAAGCCAUUGCUCAAGUCUAAGUCUGCAGAUGUUGGUCUAAUGAAGUGCAAGGGAAAUUCAUCCCAGUCAUCAACAUGUAAACCUGCACUUCCAAAGAAGCCGGAUGUUUCAAUAAUAAACAAGCACACAAGAAUGUCAUAUCAUUUUUACGAAGAAGUUACUGACCCAAAUGGGGAUCUGACACAAGGUGCUGCUGUUGACCAAAAGGAAAAUGUUUUUGAAAAUCCUGCACACUUUAGCGACCCAGAAGAGUCAUUUGAGAUCGUGUCAGAUGUCACCAACCCUGAUAAUACUGCACCGUCAAAUAUACCUGAUAAUGUAGCUGUGGUUGUUGAAGACAAGGAAGAAGGUGAUGAUGAUCCAAAGCAAGGCUCAAUGUUCUCUUCUUUAAGUACCCAUAUGAAGAGGUUAAAGGGUAUGCUCCUACGGGAAAAAGAUCCACAAGCAACUCAAAGAGAACAUGACAACGCUAAUGAGGAGCAAGCUACUGAAGGAAACAGAACAAAAAUGUCCAACGAUCAGUCAGGACUCUUUGCUAAAAGAAGCAGAAGAAUGAAUUACCAAAGUCCAACACAAAGAAAGUUAGCGGCUCAGUUGGGUUUAGAGUGUAAAGAAAAGGCUGUUGAAUUCCGAUAUCACAAUUUGAAGGAAAAGAAUGAAGAUGCACCCUUGAACAAUGAAGGACAAACUCACAAGAUAUCCUCUGGAGAAAUAGGACAGUGUAAAGACGUGAAUGAUGAUAGCGAGGAUAUUAGGUUAAUGCUUCCUGUUCACUCUAAGUCUUGCAGUUGGGAUGAUUUCAACAGUAAGCAAAAAUUGAAGACUUCUCUUUCCGAUAAUACUUCUCUGGCAACAUCUUUGAGUUGUAACAAAGCCGCCAUUCAAAAGUCAGAAGAAAAAGUAGCUUCUUGUGUGACAGAAAAACAAAAAACAUCAAGUCAUGCACCUUUCCAGAUGCCCCAUGAAAAACAGAAGCAGGAUUUGAGUAAGAAACUUGAACUGUUCCUCAAAAAGAGCAAGGCAUAUGACAGUCCUGGAAGUUCCCCAACUAAAGGGUCAUGUGAAUCGGGGAAACUGAAAAAGAAAGUGAGCUUUGAAGACUCUGGUAUACCAGAGUCCGUAGAAAAGACAUCAGAAAAACAAACCUUGAUACGGAAGGUGUCAAUUACACCUUUAAAUCAAAAUUAUGAUGAAGUGGAAUAUGAUACAGAUUCGAAGAAGGAUUUAGUGGAGGAAACCAUAAUUAUAGACAGUUCCAAUUCCAUUCGAUUAGCUACACCAAGGACAACACAUGCAUCAUCUGCAACAUCAGACACCCAAAAUGUGCUGAAGAUUUCAGAAGAGCCUCCUCUUUGUAAAGAUAGCCAAGAGAUUUCUGGUGUGGAAGAAGUUGAAAUGUUGGUUGAAUUGUAUGAUGAUCCAGGACAAACAGCACCUUCAAAAAAGUCUUUGGAAAGGGAACCAUCUUCUGAUGACAACCAAGUCAGUGCCACUGGAAAGUGCCAGAAGACAUCCAAACUUGUGGAAUUAAGAAAAGCCUCAGUGAGUACAGACUUGGACACAUCCCCAACCCAUGAUUACAGAGGUACACCUCACGAGACUGAUGUUGAAAAGAAGCACAAAAGUGGCACAUGUACCUCUUCUUCAGGUUAUGCGAGAGCAAAAGGGGAAUAUGACACAUCAUCAAGGUCAGAUGACUGCGGUUUAGGAGCAACCAGAGGAAAAGUUAAACAUUUGAAACCAUACAAUGCAAGACCAUUCCGUAACAAGAAUUUCAGCAGUGAUGAAGACGUUAUACCUGAGGAACACACACGAAAGUCAUUUUGGCAGACCAAGGCCCAACUAGAUAUACAAGUACAAAAUACUAAACAGAAGACUGGUCAAGCUCAACUUGAGAGUUUUGAAUCUUCAGGUGAUGGGGAUGUUUCUAUUGGAUCAUCCAGUAUACGCCGUUCCAAGUCAGAACCAAGUAAUGCCACAUCAGCUGAUGAACUUGAUCAGUUCUUUGAAAGGAUGGGUCUAGAUGAAAGCAUCCUGAAGGUGGUUGGUGAACCACAUGUCUAUGAUGAAGAAGAAGUCUUUCAUGAGAUGCAUGUCUGGAGGCCACGGGCGCACCGGGGAUCAGAGAGUGAUGACUCCAACACGUCCUAUGCCAUGUCAGAGACGAGCAAUGUCAGUGAGGAAGGCGUGAUGAACCUGAGGAAGUUCACUAAGCAGCUUCCAGACCAGUCCAUGUCCAUUGUCACUAAGAAUGCAAGGGUCAUCAAGUGGAUGUGCCAGUGCAAGAAAGCCAGGAACCAAAGCAUAUCAUGACAUCUGCUGUUUCCCAACACAUUUACACAUAUCUAUGCAAUUAAUGGUGAUGGACUCCAGCCGGACGGCACUAACAACCAAGCUACAUGUAGCUCUCAGUUCAGAGGAGGUGACUGGUUAACCGAUGUGGAGGGCUGGACCUGCUUGCAGGGAAUGGACCGUAUGCAUUGAUGUCAUCGUGCUGCCAUCUUAGAGGCUGGAAACAUUGCCUUGGAUGCAUUGGGAUCAACAGCUGGUGCAUCUCUGACAACUUUGUUUAUGCAUUUUCCUAUAUCCUCUGAGGGAGGGGGAUAUGAGGUUAUGACAUCAUUUGCAUAUUGGUCUUUGAGAAAGAGUGCUCUUUCCAUUGCUCUGAAUUGACAUCAUUAUAUUAAAAUGUUAAGUACUGGGAAAUGUUUCAUUAUAAAGCCGUUUUUAAUUUACAAACGACUUUACGCACAACUGUUCUAACAAUUGAAUUUGAUGAUUGCGCGCAUGUGUCAACUGGAGGUUUUUUACAAAUACUUAGGGGGUGAGAUAUAGUGUGUUGCUGAACAUAUGACUAGAGAGUUUUGGUCAUGUGAUAUAUCUUUGAUGCGUUAAACUGAAUAUGUCCUCAUCCGAAAAAUCCCUGAGCAAUUUAUCUGCAGGACCAAAAUGCCCGAACACCCAGCGGCACAGGUAUUGACGUCAACUGUCACGGCAGCAUCCUUCGUCCAAGGUGAAAGCUCCUUAUUGUUACAUCUGCACCAGAUACAGUGUUUAGAUCCUGUCUCCAGAUCCUACAAUAUCUACCCACCUUCCAUCAGCAUUUCCAGAAACGGCACUGUCUUCAUUCAUUAUACAUGAAUAACAUCAUGGGUGUCACUAACAUAUUUUGAUUGUAGGAGUGAAGGUGGGGCGGGUGUACACAUACGUUUAAUAGGCACCUUGUCAAACGCCAGAGCCGGUACUUUUGGCGCAGGAAUCCUUUUAACAAUUACCAACCCGUAUUUCAUCAUAGACUGAAAGAAUGGAGGAUGCAGGAAAGGUACUAUGGCUGGUGGGUGUUUCAGAAAGCCGUUUGUAAAGUUAUGCACAACUUUACACUUUUAUUUUCUUAGUGUGUUAAGGAUGUUUUUCAUCAAAGUUACAUGCAUACCCUUCUUUUGUUCUGCUUUCAUUGUGCCAAACUCUUUCCAUUAAAUUGCUCAUUUGGUAAUUUUUUUGUUUACAUGUGCGUCAUGUAGGCGUAAAAUGUACCUUGCACAGAAACGUCUCUGGAUUUGGAUUUGCAAAUGGCGGAUUACCCAUGGCAUAAUCUACAAAUCUUAAAGAUCAAAUUCUGCAAAAAAUCUCAUUGUUGAUGAAUUAUGC